GCGUCGUACCGACUGUUGGCCUAUGUCCAUUGGAUUGGUUAAUGGCGGACGCGUCGUGAUUCCUUCGAGUCGUUUGUGUCCCGCUUUUGAGCCAUAUUUGUUAAAUUAUUCUCAUUCGAGUUCUGGAUUCGGUGCUUAAAUCAGCAGCAUAGCAUGCUUUGCUACGAUGUCAGCACCAACUACGGUGCCCGUGUGUAGCAAUCCGUUCAAUAAGGCGAAACACAUCCGAGUCAAAGGACUGCGCAAGGCAAGCCGAAAAAUCCUCAAAAACUACCCCAACCUAUCGGCCGAACAGCUCCUCUGCAACGGUUGUCGAAAGGAUUUGUCGUCAAACAAAGUUCAGUACGACGUGUUCCUAGCACAACCUUCCACUUCUACCGUCUCACUCGAAGAAAUCUCACCUUCUAAUAACAGAAAGGUUAACUGGACCGUGGUGCAAGAAGCCGACAACAAUGAGGAGAGUGUGAACUUUGUCGUGACUCCUGCGCCUCAUUCGACACCCCGAAUAAAGAUGAAGACGAGCGUGAACAACAAGGCUUCGACCAGGGAGCCCAUCAGCUACAGACGCCUCGUGGUGCCGUCUGGCAUGCGUUCCAUUUACUGGAAACACUUUGGGUUCCCUGGAUCGGAGAAUGGAGAAAUUAUUACCAGAGACCGCGCUGUCUGCUGCAUCUGCUACAAGGAGAUCGCCUACGCUGGAAACACAACCAAUUUGAGGACCCACUUGAAGAAUAAGCACGCCCAGAGUCUUCAGGAGCUUGAGCUGGAGGAUAUCACAGUGCAGAGGAAGAGUGUGCCAAUGUCAGGCUCAGGUGUGACUAAACGCAAGUAUGAGGUCGCCACCACCAUGCAUGACAUCGUCAUCGAUGGAAGCGACGUCGCGCACAACGCAAUUCACAUCAAGCAAGAGUUGGGUGGCGGGAGCAGCAGCAGCAGCAGCAAAAAGAUGAAGCUGGAUCCUUUGCAAGGGAUUCUCAACUUCAUCUUCAAGGAGAUGCAGAAUCCUAGCAUUGUUGACUCAGAGGGAUUCAGAGAUAUGAUCAUGCAGGUGAACCCGUCAGCUGAGAUUCCUUCCUCAAGCCUGGUGCAUCAGAUGAUCCCAGAGCGAGUGCACGAGAUCCGCACCAGAAUCCUGUCUGAAAUCAUGAGCCUUAGCUGGUACAGUGUCAGCGUUGAGGAGUGGCAGGGCGUGGACAAUCAGCUCUUCUUCACUUUCAUCAUCAACUGGGUGCAUGAUGAGCAAUUCCACUCUCGCACACUCUCCACCCUCAAGUGGAACGAAUUGACACAGGAGACAGUGCACGUAAUGCUGUCCACUUGGGGCCUUACCCAGGAGAAGACCGUGGCCAUUGUGGUCGCCUCUGCUAAUCCAACUCUCAUCGAUAUCCUCACUGAUUGGAGCCAGGUGGUGCCGUGCUUCCUGUUCGCCAUACAGCAGGCCGUGAGUGGCAUCCUCAACAUGGACGAGAUGCAACUUCUGCUGCUCAAGUGCCGCUCACUCAUCUGCAAGCACAUCACUACUGAGGACGCGCUCGGCUCCAUCAAUCUGGAGUACCAGAAGAUUUGGACCACCACCUAUGAAAUGCUGGAAGAGUUCAUCAACAGACAGGACGACAUCGAUGCACUCACUGUUUCAGAUGAUAUGCGACUCAACAGACAGGAUUGGGAACUAAUCCAGACCUUGAUUGACAUUUGCAGUCCGUUCAAAGUUACUAUCCAGACGCUGCAGGAGGACGAGCCAGCACUCGUCUCGAUCAUCAAGCCCCUUUACACUCAGCUGGUAGCCAACUACCUGCAGAUCAAGCCUGAGGACACUGAGUUGGUCCGCAAGUUCAAAAGCACUUUGGAGAAUGGCUUAAACACCUCAUACAACAAUGGGGACAACUCACUUCUUCUCGAGACAGCGGCCUUUCUUGAUUUGCGAUUCCGCAUGAUCAACUUCAUGACUGAUAUUGUCAAGAAUUCAGUCACUCUAAAGGUGAAGAACCAGAUGGGCGAGUCAGCAGAAGUACCGUUGACAGUUUCGGAAAGCGUGAAUCCGCCUGCUAAGAAGAUGUCUGGCAUGGCGAUGCUGCUCGGCAGUCCAGUGCAGACACCAAGCACAGUUCGGGCCACUAACACGAUCCGCACGCGCAACGAGCUUGAGAUGGAGCAGUUCAGCUCCGAAGAGGUCGUGUCUUUUGAGAUGAACGCCCUGAAUUGGUGGCACGAAAACGACGCGCGCUACACCAACCUGGCCAAGGUUGCCAGCAAGUACCUGAGCGUGCCAGCGUGCGUUGUGCCGGCCAAGCGCAUCCCACACUCUAUCAGGGAGAAAUUUGAGCGGCAGAGGGCCUCAAUUUCCCUCGACAUGGUCGACAUGAUGGUCUUCCUCCAUGGAAACCACUUGUAAGUAAGUGCUAUGUCAGUGCACCGCGGCAGCAGAAGCGGCAAGGAUGCGUUAUCAGAAUUUCUUGUAUGGUCCACCAGUGAGUUUCCUGUUAUUUACACUUCAAUUACUGCAAUUCUGAGCAUGGACGGAUUUUCACUUCUCAAGUAAAAUUUUUUAUCUUACUUAGACAAGACUACACCUUCAACCUAUCAUAUGCAAAGUUAACCAUCUUUUUAUCCACGAAGUUUGUUAGCGCUUAAGUCUCGUCUUUGAAAUAGUAUGAAAAUUCUAGUUUUACAGCCAAUUAACAUCGCCUUGGCUAGAGACUGCAAUUAAUUAUUUUGCUAUUAUAUCUAGAAUUCAUACUGCAGCGGCGCCUGAUCAGUUUAUUAGUGAAGUGUUUAACAGUCUGAAACCAUCAGUGACUUAGCUUAGUGAUGAUGGCUGACAACGCGGCCCGAAAAGCUGGCUGAGACCUUUAGAUAUAGCCGAGUGAGUUUCAAUAAUUAAAUAUUUGCAUCUGGUUUAUUUGAAUGAAGCUAUGUUCAUUAAGUGCCGUUUUGAGAUAAAUUGCGACUAGAUGUGUCAGAAAGUUUGAAAUAAAUCUCACGUUUCGGCCUACACAACAUAGUUUCAACAUUGUAAAAUAAGUUAAGUAAAAUACCUUGUGUACACCUUUUUUAGAUGCGUCUGCAAGCUAUUAACAAAUUAUCUCAUAGUCCAGCAAAACGAAUGCAGGCAAAUAAGAUCCUGUAUUAUUUUAUUGCGAUCUGAAUAAGGCUGUUCUAUGUCAUUGCCGUUUGGAUUUCAAAGUUAAAUAUUGCGUAAUUCAAAGAAAAAUAAUUUGUUCUUCAAUUUUAAUUAGACGUGGACAAGUUAUAAUCAUUCUUGAUUUUUUUUAAACUUCAGACUUGAAAGCUAUGGUUUUGGUAAAAUAAUCUUACUUGCACACGCCUACAACAGUUGGCAAGUAACGAAUCCCUCUGACCGACCCAAUCGGCAUUUUUUUCCACGGUUUAACUUUGCUUGUGAAUAUUCAAAUAGUUUGAGCAAGGAGUGCAGUAAAACAAUGUGUUUCUUUGUGCUAUUUUCAAGCAUUACUUUAUUUUAAUCAGUGUGUAAUGUUAUUUCAUUUGUUGUUUUUAUCACGAUUUGUAAACUAAGUUCACGUUAAUUUAGCUAUUUUUCUAAAUUAAGAUAU